CCGCAGGUAAUUCUCUGGGCAGGGUUUGCACGCAUUUGUUUUGACCCUGUACUGGACUGCAGAGGGGUGGGAGGGGGAGCUCUGGAGAGGCGCCAGGGUUCCUGCGCCGCAAGCCAGGGACCAGGCGCUCAUCCGCGAAGCGGAUCGCAUGACGAACCACUGCAUCUUCCGCGAGCUCACGGUGAUGGGCCCGGCGGAACUGUCGGAACACCGCUGGUACAGCAAGGCGAGCACCCUGGAGCUCUACUCGCCCUACGCGUCGGUGCCGGCGGAGGUCAAGCAGGCCACGGCGGGGCACGCCGUGCCCCCGCAGUGCGCGCCGAGGGCGCCACGUGGAGCAGGCGGGCCCCGAGGUCCAAAGGGACGGCUCCCGAGGCGUUCCCCGAGGCGCCGCGCCGCGUUGGCGUUCCCCGAGGCCGUCCUGGCCGAGGUCGGCAAGCUCGCGGGCUCGCCCGCCUCCCGCGCCGUGGGAGCGCUGGUGGGUAUGGCGGUGGCGGACGCGACGGGCGCGCCCUUCGAGUUCAUGCCCGCCCGGGACGUGCCCUGCGUCCCCAUGAUCGACCCGAACACCCUGGACAUCCUGGAUCAAGUUGGAGGGAGACGCUACAAGCCCUUCAACAAGUUCCAGCUGAGUUCGGGCCAGUGGUCCGACGACACCGCCAUGGGUCUCUGCCUAGCCGACAGCCUGCUCGAGAACCAGGGGUACAAUGGCUCCGACGUGCGGGUCAAGUUCCAUCCCACCGGGGCCGAGCGCAGCCAGCCGCCGCGCGGGACGGCGGCGCCCUUGUUCCAGGCGCGCCGUCACCUGGGCGUGCACCUGUCGCUCGGCGGAGGCUCGGUGGGGCUCGGCGGGAACGUGUCCAAGUCCCUGGCCGCGAUGCUGCCCAACAGAAUACCCCCUCCCAGGUACGAGGCGCCCAACGAGGACGCGGGGAACGGCUCGCUCAUGAGGCUGGCGGCGGUGCCCGUGUUCUACGCGCGCAGCCCCGCGAAGGCAGCAGAAGUCUCCGCCGAGUCCUCCCGCUCGACGCACCCGGGGCCCAUCGCGGCGGCCGCCUGCGCCUUCCUGGGCUUCGCGAUCGCCAGGGCAAUCGUGAGGGACAGCGCCAGCAUGACCGCCAAGGAUCGGAGUUCCUCGACGGGGUGGUUUCGGAGUUCCUCAGCGCCGGGAUGCCCGGGGCGGGGGAGUGCCCGGAGCUGCGGCGGCUGUGCAGCCGCGAGCCGCGGGGCCGGGAGGAGACCUGCUGGAACUGGAGGGAGGACCAGCUGCAGAUCGAGAGGUCCCUGCACGCCAGAGGCUCAAGAUACAACGGCUACCCCUGCACAGCGGGGUACUUUGGAUCUUACUGCAUCUGACGGCCUCGCGAUCGCACUGUGGGGCUUCUAUAGCACCUCCAGCUUUCACGAGGCUGUCGUGCGCUGCGUCAACUGCCUCGGCGAUGCGGACACCACCGCGGCCAUCCGAGGGCACUGCGCCAGCGCCGCCGCCCCCUCCCCCUGUGGCGUGGAGCAGGGGGCCUGGCCU